CAACUAUAUAUACUCUCUCUGCCUCCGAACAAACUCCCAAUUCCCAAACCCACACUUGCUCUCAACCUCACUCAAAAACAGCAAAAAAUAAAAAUGGAACCAUUCAAUUUCAACAUCAAUAACAACCUCACCAGCUGUUCGUCGGCCACUUCUUCCUCGUCCGAUUCGUCGUCAUCCGAUUCAACAACUCAUGACAGAAGCGACAAGAUAAAAGGUCCGUGGAGCUCCGAGGAGGACAAGAUCCUGACCCGGCUCGUGGACCGGUACGGGGCCCGAAACUGGUCGUUGAUCAGCAAGUACAUAAAGGGCCGGUCGGGGAAGUCGUGCCGGCUCAGGUGGUGUAACCAGCUGAGCCCGAGCGUCGAGCACCGGCCCUUUUCGCAGGCCGAAGACGAGGCGAUAUUGGCGGCCCACGCCCAGUACGGGAACCGGUGGGCCACCAUUGCCCGGCUAUUGCCGGGCCGGACCGACAACGCGGUUAAGAACCAUUGGAACUCCACUUUGAAAAGAAGGCAAGGGAGAAUGGACGGCGGUGGGGAUUGUUUUGGUGGCGGGGGGAGUUCGAGUGGGACUGCGGCGUUUGGAAAUGCGGGUGGCGGUGAUGAGGUGGAUCCGAUGACGAUGCUGUCCCUGGCGCCCCCCGGGGCUGGGGGCGCUAGCAGCAACGUGGCCGUCGGAUCCAGGGCGGCGGUGGGGGAGAGGAGGGAGGAGACAAUGCCAGCGGAGUUUUGGGAGGCGAUGAGGGAGGUGAUUGCGAGGGAAGUGAGGGAGUACGUGACGACGUCGUUUCCGGAUCCGUCGGGGUUCCGUUGACGCACGCGUUAACUGUGAUGACGCGUUUGCUUGUUUGCUUGUCGAGUGUAUUCUUUUUUGAUUAUUAAGAAUCAAGUUGUUGAGACGAUCGUUAUCGGGAAUUUAGCUAAAUCUGCUGUUAAAUGUGUAUUUAAUCGCUUAUUAAUUCCAUAUAAAUUGAAAAAAAAAAAAAAAAAGCCUGGAAAUUGUCUAUUUCUUUUUUGCUCGUCAAUGAAAUUGUUUUACCAUACAAAAAGAAA